GUGUUUCAGUAUCCGGCUGCUGACAGCUGUUGCAGUAGUUUCAGUUGUCAACUGGCUUCAGUGUCUCUCGCAGUAAUCUCCUGUCAGUCUUUGAAAGCAGUUAUUAUUGAAACUAUCAUUAUUAGUUUAUAUUUGACCACUGCGACGUAGCAACUUUUGAUCUCAAUGGACACUGUACAGACUGUGGUGUCUGGAUUUUCUCUGGACCUGGGACCACUGAAAGAACCACUUGGAUUCAUUCGUGUGCUAGAAUGGGUUUUUGCCAUUUUUGCCUUUGCCACCACUGGAGGUUACUCGGGGACAAGUAACUUCACAGUCAAGUGUUCUGGAUCUGAGGACACCAUCGCGGUGUUGCCUGGUUUUGGAUACCCAUUCAGGUUGUCUGAUCACCCUUACAAGAUGCCGUCAUGUGACGGCAGUCCUUCAAAUCAGACCUACCUACAGGGCAACUUCUCUUCCUCUGCAGAGUUCUUUGUUUGUGUGGGCGUGUUUGGCUUCCUGUAUUGCACUGCCACACUCAUUCUGUACUUGGGCUACCAGAAUGUCUAUCGCCAGACCACUCGCGGCCCUAUCAUAGAUUUGGUGCUGACCGCUGCCUUCGCCUUCCUGUGGCUUGUGUCCUCUUCAGCCUGGGGCAAAGGCCUGACUGAUGUCAAAUGGGCCACCAACCCUCAACACCUUGUGGAGAAUUGUACAUUCUGCCAGCCUGGAGAGUUUCCCUCCAUGGGUCGCCUCAAUGCCUCAGUGAUUUUUGGCUUUUUAAAUGUGAUCCUUUGGGCAGGUAACUGUUGGUUCAUCUACAAGGAGACUUCGUUCCACAAAGACCCCAACCCGCCUGCCACCGUGGAGGAAGGAGGGGCCCCGGGACCCUAAGCAUCUCUCAAGCAUGUCUGUAGUAAUAGUAAUAUUGUUAUUAUUAUUAUUAACAUGUCACUGUACACAAAGCAGAAAUACUCUGCCCAACACUGGUUCUACAAAAAGAAGUUCUCAUUUGGCUACACAGCUUUUUUUAUUCUUACUAACGAGGCCUGUUUUUCAUUAUGACUUUCUUUCAUCAUGCUGCAACUUUGUUGUUAAAAGACAAAGCUAAAAAGAAAUAUUACCUAGGAGUUCUAUGUAAAAAUUCAACCUGCCCGUUCGCUUCCACAGAAGGACUGUAGUUUCUCUUAAGGACAAAAGAUCAAGUUGAUCUCUCAGCUUUUUGUUUAUUUACAACAAUAUCGACCUUUUUCAGCUGUGGUAUGAAUGGAGAGAAAAUUAUGUCUCCAUAUGCAACCAAAAAUGGGUCAUCAACAAAAAAUAUUAGCAAACAAAAAAAAAUGCUUUUAUUUUAACAAAAAUGUUUUGGUUGCAAAUCCUUUUUUUUGUUACAACUCAACUUUAAUCUUGUGAGCGGGGCCUUUUCUGUACAAUACUAUGUUAGAAUCCUUUAUAUAGGUCAGCAUCGCUCACCCCUAACCUUCCGUAUUUUCAAGCAAUGGUUUAAUGAGGCCUUAGUGAGUGUGUGGCACACUCACUGGCUGUAUUGACACUGUAUUGGUGUUUCCUAAUAGCUCCACCUGCCAUCUUCUCAAGCAUUAUGUAUGACCUGCAAAUAAAAUUAUUGGUUAGCAAAAAUAAUUUCUUCCUUUUUUUUUAUAUACAAAUGAAUAGCUGUGCAACUCUGGUUAAUGAGCCAAAUGGUAGCACUAAAAAGGAAUAUUUACCUUAUUUGGUGCUAAAGAUCAUUAUGAUCCCACACUUGGGAAUUAUUAUUUUUUCUUAGUCCAAUUUACAUUACUAAUGGUGACAAAAACCGAUGACAAACGUGCCACUCCUCUGACUUUGUUCAGUGCGAUCUGUUACUUGUGAGCCGAUAGAAGCGUUUUCAAACAAAAACAGCACACACACAGCAGCUGUAUCGGUGACAUGUUUUUUUCCAUAAAGUGACGCAAACAUCGAAAGAAACAGUAUCAGUCCUUGUGUUUCCUAAUAUAUCAAUGCUUUAGUACCGUUUGACACAUCAAUUGUAUUUUACCUCCAAACGUGAUGAGGGCGGAAGUAGUGAGCAGUCCCGCCAUCAUACCAGACUGACAAAGAGCCUUCUAACAUAUUGUUGCAAGGAGGCCCCAACCACAAGAUUGAGGUUAUAUUGUUUCCAUGAUUUUUGUUUGCCAAUGUUUUUUUUGUUUGUGUGCAUAAAACACAUUUCUCUCUAUAGGUAUAAGACUGAUAUGCAUGUUUUCCUAAUUUCAGUAAAAAAGGAAUAUCAUGCAAAUCAUAAAAUAUAUGUGCUAAAAAUUUGCAAAUAACCUAACCAAUUCCUCCAUAUGUACUCAUUGACAUAAAUAUUUGCAAUUAACGUAGGUAUUUCCUCGUCUAAAGCAGGUAAGCAAAGAGAAAGACUACUGUGCUAAAAGAAAGCUAUUUACUGCGUGCUAGCAUGUAAUCUGCAUGAUGACUACUUCACCUGCCUGCUACCAAUAUGGAACAUGUUUUGUUUACAGACAAAAUAACUACUGACUUCUGGAUUUAAUAUAUUAGCAGCUAAUCAACACUCACACUGACACAAGACUAUGAUUAUUUUUAUAUCUUUAUUUUGCAAGCGAAUGUACAUGUUUGUCCUUCAAGUUGUAAUAUGAAUUGGUGAGGUUGUUCCCGCUUGUGUAUUUAUAUGCAGCUUGAUCAGGAACAAAGCCUGCUGACUUUUGUCCAACCAAUUCUUAGUUUUUUAACAAAAGUUUUAUGUUUAGUUUGCUCGACAGCAAUAUUCAAUGUUUGUUUCCCAUAUAUCAUAUUCUUAAUGCUAAUGGUAAUUGGAAAAAGUAAGGAAGUGUUUGAUGUGUACUAUUGACAAACUGCUCACAAGUAAAAUGUGUUACUUCA